AUAUUCAUCAUGUUCAUAUUCCGUCGCGUGAUAUCAGUUGUUUUAUUGAGAGUAUUAUAUCAAAAACCCUUGAUAUAUUCAUGUUUUAGCUCCGCCCUACUGGGACAAAGAAACAACCGAAAGAAGGCCGAAUGCUUCCUAAUGACGUUCAUUCAGUCAUCAUCGAUCUUUUGGUAGCAAAAUAGAAGAGGGAGAGCAUGGAGAGAGUCACCUCUUUACGUCGAGACUGUUGUUAAGCUAGCGACUAAAUUCUCCUAAUUGUUUGCGCUGAUCAGUGAAAGCGAAACACGCCAAGCCUGGGCGUUGUGGCGUGCGCCUGUAAUCCAAGCUGUGGGGAAGUUACAAAUUGAUGCAGAGGUUCGAGGUUCGAGCCCUGGUCACGUCUUUCGGAUGGUGACGUUAAAGGUCGGUCCCAGACGUAAAUAAUCAUAUCUGAUUGAUACACGUCUGACAAAACUCAAAUACACACUGUAAUCCGAAGACACUUGAAGUAAGAGGUGCGUGAUUGAUCGAGGCCCUUCUUGGAAGGACCGGGGAAGGACCCGAGCAAAAAGAUCAAGGAUUGGCCUCAAAUGCUCAUCUUCAAUCGACUCGUUUCGAAGAGGAGGUGCUCAAAAUCAAGUUUCUUUAUGGACAUCACUAACUAAUAUAGAAAUUUGGGCACCUUGUGUAUAUCUUUUUAAAGAUCUGUUAAUGAAAAUGGAUAAUAGACCUACCUGAACGAAUAGUUGGAUGUUUUUUGAAAGGCAACGCAUGCGUAGAAGAGAACAACUACUUUAUUAUGCUUUCAGCUCUGGCUAAGGAAUCCUUAUCUAAAAUGGGUUUCAAAGAAAGACGAGUUAUUCUCCAUCAGGAAGUGUCCGAGCUUCGAUCAGAUCUCGAUAACAUUAAAGACGCUCAUCAUCUUGUCAGAAAGGAAAUCAAAGGUAUUCGACGAGCCAUGAAGCUACUCAUUGCAUCUUAUCGUCAGCAAAACCCCGAGGGAAAUAGCAAAGCAAAUAGAAAAUUAACCGAACACAAUCCAAUGAUACGACUUCCAACCGAGUACUCGAGAAAUAUCGAUAUGGAAUCGAUAUGUGGUGAACUACCGAUACUGGAGCCUCUUUCGGAUGACGACAUUCUAUUUGGCGAACACCAAGAUGUGGAAUUAGAUCUAGAUGAACACGUUGGGAUUUCAUCGUUCCAGCGACGACAAAGCAUACAGUUUGGAUCACCAUCUCCGCCGGAAAAUUUUCUUAUAAGACGAACUAGCCCAACUCGCGCUUCGAUUCAAUUCGGGUCAGAUUUCGGCAUCGUUUCGCCUGGAUUUAUGACGCCCGAAGACAGCCGACCGCCACGGCUUGCCAGUAUGGCAGAGGACGAACCGGAUCAAACCGAUUACACGACCUACGAACGCGACACACCGGAUAGUAUCGUUACGAGUGACGAUUCGACUAGUCUACCAAAUUCGAAUGAGUACCAUCAUCCGUCACGGCAGCACUGUGAUCGAUCACGAUAUCUGAUGAGACGGAGCACUAUGGACAUGAUCGAUGCAGACUCCCUGGGAUGGAUCACCAAACGGGACUGGGAAGAAAAGCAAUAUAUCAUAGAAUCGAUACAACAGGGAAGACUCGGACGGAAGAGACCACCACUUCGUCGUCAAAACACUCAACCGAAUCUCAUAGGGCAUGUAGGAGGACGCGUGGUGAACUCCUCAGUGACUUCAAGGAGGGGUUCUUCAGUCCCUUCAUCGCCGUUAGAUGGCAGAGGUUCAAAGCCGUUACAGAUUCAGGCACUAUCGGGACACAUGUCACCGACGUCUCCGCGAUCGCCGACCUUACCGCGUCAGGGACUCAUCGGGUCGCCACUUACCACUCGUAGGGCAUCUGCAGCAGCAGCAGCUGCAGCGGCAUUGACAAAACACCAUAAUCACCUCAGAAGAAUAUCAGAUGAGGUCUAAGAUACACACACACAGACUAAAUCUAUUUUUAUGUGUGAAUACAAUUUUCUGUAAUUCAUGAAGAGAAUUAUUUUCCCCUGCAUGCAUGGUUAUGUGACGGGACUGCUAAAAACUAGCGUGGAAACGUAUGCGAUCAACCUGAGGACUUCCAGAUCUAGGUCAUCUUCGAGGGACCUGCUAAUGAUGAUUAAGGACUUCUAAAAAAGUCACAGUUAAUUCUGUCACUCUGUAGAACCCAUAAGUUGAAACAAGUUAUUCAAAGUGCAACCAGAAUUACUGAAACAAGUGUAAGUUUGAUUGAUAUUGUUCUAACAAAUACCUCUCAUAACAUUGUAGAAAGUUGUGUUCUGUCUGAAGGAUUGAGUGAUCAUAGUCUUGUGUAUUUUGUAAGGAAAUUACAUAGACCAAAGAUUAAACCCAAAACUGUAAUCUUUCGUAAUUUCAAGAGAUUCGACACACAAUGUUUCUUGGAAGAUCUUUCCAAGACUGACUUAGGGAGGCAACUCCAAACUCAAGAUGUUAACUUAAUGUGGAAUGCAUGGAAACAAGAGUUUGUAGAAUCUUGUGAUAGAAAUGCUCCAGUAGUAACUAUGAGAGUAAGAGGGCAAAAAACACCUUGGGUAAACGAUGAGUAUAUCAAAUUAUCAUAUGAACGGGAUAGGCUAAAAAGAAGGGCAGAAGUUAGUGGACUGAGUAUCCAUUGGCAACAGUAUCGCUUUUGUAGGAAUCAUAUCAAUAAUUAUAGACAUGUCUUAAAGAAGGAUUACUAUGUAACUAAUAUAAUUGAGCAUAAACGAAACCCCGCUCAACUGUGGAAAAUCUUGAAAGGUCUCAGUGGCAGUAAUGUCCAAUCUUCCAUUGAAUGUCUAAGAGUAAAUGAUGAGUACAUUCAUGAACCACUCGAGAUAGCAAACGUCCUAAACCAUUCAUUUGCAAAUUUUGGUGUUAUAUCUGAGGGUGCCCCACAACAUUAUGAUGACGGUAACUUGCAUCGAGUUGUUUGUAACCAUAAUUUUGCAUUCACGGACAUCAACUCUCAGCGUGUACUAGAGAUUCUGAAAGCACUGGACAUUAAAAAGGCAACAGGGAUAGAUGGUUUGGACCCUAAAUUGCUCAAAGAAGCCGCCCCAAUAAUAUCUGAACAAUUGACUCAGAUUUUCAAUGUUUCUCUCCAGACCGGGCUAAUACCAAAUGAAUGGAAGACUGCUAAAGUCACACCUAUAUACAAAAAUGGUGAUAAACAGGAUCCAAAUAAUUAUCGUCCGAUAUCUAUUAUUCCCAUCAUAAUGAAGGUUCUUGAAAGAGUGGUUCAUGAUCAACUCCAUGCCCAUUUUAGUGAUAAUGAUCUGUUUGUAAAACAGCAAUCCGGUUUUAGGAAAAACCAUUCAACGAAUACUGUACUUACCUAUUUCUCUGAUUAUCUUCUGAAGCAAAUAGACCAUGGCCGUCUAACAGGUGUCGUAUAUCUUGACCUAAAAAGGCCUUUGAUUCUGUCAGUCAUGAAUUGUUGCUAAAGAAACUUCCCUUCUAUGGUGUUCAAGGCAGAGAGCUUACCUGGAUUCAAUCAUACUUAUCUGGAAGAACCCAACGUACAUUUGUCAAAGGAACCUUGUCUGACAUUACUAAUGUCAAGACAGGCGUUCCGCAAGGUUCGAUUAUCGGACCUCUGUUGUUUUUAUGGUGAAUGAAUUACCCAGCAUUCUAGAUAAUUGUCACAUUAUGAUGUAUGCUGAUGACACUAUACUGUAUUAUAGUGCUGAAAAUAUCAAUGAGAUUGAAUUAGUAUUAAACAAAGAACUUGAACUUGUGAAUAAAUGGCUGACACAAAACCAUCUGAGGCUAAAUUCAUCUAAAACGCAAUACAUGAUUUUUGGAUCCCCCAGGAAACUACCAACCUGUGAUGAUAUUAACCUAGUUGUUAAUAACCAUGUGCUUGAAAGAGUCAGUAAUUAUAAAUAUCUAGGUGUAUGGAUGGAUGAUACCAUGACAUGGCAAAAGAAUGUAGAAGAAUCAAUGAAGAAGAUUGGCUCACGGAUAGCUCUUCUCAGUAGGCUUAGAAAAUACCUCACGAUUGACAGUUCAAAAGUCUUAGCUAAUUCACUUAUAUUACCGUACUUUGAUUACUGUAGUAAUUCUUGGAGCAUGUGUGCACAGUAUCUUAAGGAUGGCUUAAUCAGACAGCAUAAGAAAACGGCCCGUCUAAUCCUAAAAGUUAAUUUUUCUACACCUAUUGAACAGGUGCUCCAUAGACUCAAAUGGGUGUCGAUUGAAGAAAGGUGGAAAUACCAUAGAUGUAAAACAAUACACAUUAUCCUUAACGAGGAAGCGCCAAUAUAUCUCUCUGAACUCGUAGUAAGAUCUAGUAAUGUCCACUUGUACAGAACUAGAAACUCAGUCCAGAAUGGUGUAGUGGUACCGCUUGUACGCACACAGGCUGGAAAAAAGGCCUUUUCUCAUAGUGCUGCCAUUCUCUGGAACCAGCUGGAUAGUGGUACCCGUAGUGCAGUCUCGAGGCAAUCCUUCGCUACAUCUUAUUGGAGAGCGAGAAACUACUGAAUUAAAAUAACUACCCCUAUCUGGCUGGUUCCAGGGACAAGCAAACAAAUAUUUAAACACAAAAUUAAUCAAUAAUCAUAUGAUCAUAGGGAAUAUAUAGUUAUAUGGAUUUGCAUAUGCACAAUAUGUUGACUUUUGUUCUACUUAUACACACAUGUAUUUCAGUAUGUCUGUAUGUCCUGCAGGUUGCUUGUCUCUUUGAACAUAUUUUCUUCCUUGUUUUUCAUUGUUUGUAUUUAUUAUAUGUAUGUAUUUGUUACUUGUAUGCAGGGCCCCCAAGAAAAACAGUGCUUAGUCCACUGAUGGGGUUACCCUGGGUAAACAAAACGAAAUAAAUAAAUAAAUAAAUGAUCUAGAACAUGAUAUAUUCAUGGACCCGAUAUGCGUGAGCCAACUAUUUGUUUUUAAGACUAUGUCAGAAGCCAUCACAAUUAGGCCAAUCACUCAGGACUAUACAUCAUUGGAAAAAUAUGAAGCAGAAUACUAGUACAAUAAAGUUUUCAUGUUCACACCCUGCCAGCUUAAUAUUUUGCUUUUUAAGUACAGUAAAACUCAAAACCGCAAGCCUCGAAAAAGGGUUUUAUAUUGUCCUUAUCGCCAGCCUAUAUGUCCUCAUCUUUGUGAGCAGAGUUUUCACAAGUUGGUAUAUGGAUAAGUUAAGAAUAAUUUCGUGGUAGACAGAAAGUAACAUCUAGUAUUUCAUGCUUUUAUUCAUUUUUGGCUACAAAAAUAUGUAACAGUUUUUGCUGAAACAGCUGUAGCCAAAUAAGAAGUAAAUCAACAAUAUACAACCAUGGACAGAUUGUUUUUAAGAUACGAAUUGUAGUCUGGGAAAAAUAACACCCCCUCCCCGCAAGUUUUCAAUUUUUUAUACAUACAACGCUUUUAACCACAACUCCGUUUACAUAAGAUGAUUUCAUAAAAACCUACUCCGGGAUACUCAACAAAACUAUGGCCAUGCUGGAUGGGGGGGGGGGGGCAGGAAGCGUAAACUUUUUAAAAAGAAACUCGAAAGCGAGAAGCUUUUGCAUGAAACUGAAGGAUUUUGUGCAUACUUAUAGUGAAUUUUGUGACAAUUUUCAGUAAAAAAAAAAGAGUUAAUUUUUCCAAUUUUCUUGGGGCAACUGCCCCGCUGCGAACGGCCAUGAACAAACCCAUUUUCGAUGAUUACGAAUUGUUCCUAAAGCAAAAACUCGGGUGGUAAUCCAGGCCGAAAACAAAAUAAUUUGAAUGGGUAAACAGGUUGAAUCGGACAAGAAAAACACUGAAUAUUUCAUCAAAACUCGGACGAUGAAUAACAGUUAUGACAUUUUGCAGUUAUGCAUUAUUUCGGUGAUACCGUUCUAUGCAAUUAGAAAACUGAUGAUGUAUCACCACUUAUAUAUUAUUUUGUUUUUUACAAUAUGAAAUUAUGUUUAUUAAAAAAAUGUCCUCGAAGAAUGCAAACUUUGAUUAACCACUGAUUUAACGUGUGAGGUGAUUGCUGCAACUUAUUUUGUUACAUACACAAACGUAUACGAAAAUAUGAAAUAAUUAUAUCAUGUAGUGACAGAAAACAGGGAAGUGGGGACAUGACAUCAUCCCACUUUUUUGCAUAUUCAUGACGGUGUGCAUAAACAUGUGACUGUUAAAAUAUUUAUGAAUUUCGAAAUUCUAUAACCUCAUUCUUUGUUAUCAGAUUUAGAUGAAAAUUUCAGCGUUUUGCUCUUGUUAAUUUCACUAUUUAUUUAGAUGUACUUCUUUCCAGCCUGAAAUACCCCAUUGGAGAACAGUUGUAUUUUGUAAUUGUCACUGAAAUUGGCUAUCUUGUUCUGCUAUAAUCUUCAAAGGGCUCUCGAAGAUGAAAUUAGACUUGGAUGCACGUUAUUAGGAGUGAAGGUAUCUAUGGCAAAUAAUUCUUGAUUUUCAUGUAUUUCAUUUCUGAUUUUAUGUGGAAAUAAUCUAUUGACUGAUGGUAUACACGUUAUUACAUGUAUGGACGUCCAUGAAUUCAAAACUGUUAUUUCAUCGAUCUAUUUUCAAUAAAUCAAUUACUACUCC